AUGGAGUUUGGUCCACUUGAUUCAUCUAUAUUGACAUUGGGGAUUGUACAUCCUUCCUAUAGGGCAUGGGAGGAGGAUCAUUCUGACGCCUUUAAAGGGCGUCAGUGUGUGCGUACAUUAGAAACCAUGUGGCAUGCCCAUCCUAGAAGCAUUCCGUGGAUUCAACGAGCAGGGUUCUAUCCAUUCUACCAAAUUCGGUAUAUUCGCUUAGACCAUCAUUUAAUUAGUGCAUUGUUGGAGCGUUGGAGGCCUGAGACACACACAUUUCAUUUUCCUUGUGGUGAGGCAAUGAUAACGUUGCAAGAUGUUGCAAUCAUCACAAGAUUACCUAUUGAUGGUGACGUUGUUACGGGCACGAUGUAG